CACCCAAGUCCCAGACGCAUCUUACCCUUUUCCCAUCUCCUCCGUCCAAUUUCUCUCCGGUUGCGUUCCUUCAAAUUCCUUGCAAUUGCUUCCGAAUCCUGGAUUUUCUUAUUCGUCUAGUGCGCUAGAAUCUUCGUGAGAAGAUCGAGGGUUCGUUUCUGUGACGGCCAGAGUUGUAUUGCUGUUAUCUGGAAUAUAGUAAAUAUGUUUUUUGAUGGGUAUGGAUAUCAUGGUACAUCAUUUGAGCAAACAUAUCGGUGUUACCCUGCGUCCUUCAUUGACAAGGCACAAAUAGAAAAUGGGGACAAAGUUAUCAUGCCUCCUUCAGCUCUUGAUCGUCUUGCAUCACUUCAUAUUGAUUACCCGAUGUUAUUUGAGCUCCAAAAUGCUGCUGCUGAGCGUAGUUCCCAUUGUGGAGUUCUGGAGUUCAUUGCUGAAGAAGGCAUGAUAUAUAUGCCUUACUGGAUGAUGGAGAAUCUACUGUUACAAGAAGGAGACUUCGUACGUGUGAAAAAUGUGACUCUUCCAAAGGGUACAUACGUUAAAUUGCAACCUCACACUAAAGACUUCUUGGAUAUUUCCAACCCGAAAGCUAUCUUGGAGACGACGCUGAGGAACUUUUCUUGCUUGACAACAGGGGACAGUAUCAUGGUGGCUUAUAACAAUAAAAAGUAUUACAUUGAUAUCGUUGAGACAAAGCCUUCUAAUGCGAUAAGUAUUAUAGAAACUGAUUGCGAAGUGGACUUUGCUCCUCCUCUUGAUUACAAAGAACCGGAAAAACCUGCCCUGCCUGUUCCAACAGGCAAAGCACCAGCAGAAGGUCAGGAACUUCCAGAAGAGACUGAACCAAAGUUUAAUCCAUUUACUGGUGUAGGGAGACGCUUGGAUGGGAAACCUUUGAAAACCCUGUCUCCUCCAGUGUCAUCAUCAGGGCCCCAAGACAAGAGAACUAAUGCCUCCAGUGGAGGGGCAGCUGCUACCUCUAGUUCCAGCUCACAAAGCACGAAUCGGCAAUCUCAGGGUAAACUCGUCUUUGGUUCAAAUGCCAGCCGAACUCGGGAACCACAAAAGGACACUUCAAAAGAGACUAAGCAAGAGCCUCCAAAGAAGGAAGAGCCAAAAUUCCAGGCUUUCAGUGGAAAGAAAUACUCAUUAAAGGGUUGAUGUAUAUCUAGCUGCAUUUAUAACUUAUUUUUCUGCAUAUGUCACUCUGGUCCGAAAUUACUGGUACUGGGUUCAACUGAAACGAUGCAUCGGUCAAAGGUGUGGAAGGAUGGGGUUUGUGUUCCCAAUUUAAAAGAUUAUAGUAUGUGACUCUUUGUACAUUGUUCCAGUUGAAUGUCUCUGUUGGUUUGGGUUCAUUCUGCUGAAUCCAGUACCCUAAAAAGUUUUACCUUUGGCACUCUUAAGAGGUGUCUUUUUCGUUAAUUUCAUAGCUGCAGUUUUCUGAA